AUGUCAACUAAACGUUACGAUGUGUUAUUACGAUUGUUAUUAGUUGGUGAUACAGGAGUUGGAAAGACAUGUCUAAUCUGUCAAUACGCCAACAAUGAAUUUUAUGAUACACAUAUCUCUACUAUUGGAAUUGAUUUUAAAAUGAAAACUAUGAAUGUUGAUGGACAUACAGUCAAGAUUCAAAUAUGGGAUACUGCUGGACAGGAACGGUUUGAAUCUAUAACUAAACAGUUUUAUAGAAGAGCUCAGGGUGUUAUGUUAGUUUAUGAUAUUUGUAGCAGGUCUACAUUUGAAUCUUUACCAAAAUGGCUAUCAUACGUCAAACAAUUUUCUAAAGAAGAUACAGUAAUAACAGUGCUGGGUAAUAAACAUGAUCAAGAAGAGAAAAGGCAAGUUCAGUAUAUAGAGGGACAACAGUUUGCAGCAGAAAGAAAGCUGAAAUUUUUUGAAACAAGUGCCAAAGAUAGAGAAAACUUACAAAAGGUAUAA